AUGCCUGUCGAAGAACCGACAGCUGCACAAAUUGCUGCAGCGGAAAAAGCCCUUGGAAGGGAGUACAAGGAGUUCAAGAAGGCAAUGGAGACUGCUCGGAGACAGAAGAAGAUUGCCAGCCGUCUGAAGAGCCUCCGCUUACGCCUCAAAGACCUAACCAUCCCUGCAAGAAUCUACCAGACCAAAAUCAUCAAAAAUGAGAAAGACAAUCUCACCAAGAUUCCCCACGAAGUCCGAGCCAUGAUUUUCAAAGCACUGCCACUUAAUGCAGACCGCGCCUCUUUGGCCCUCACCUGCAAAACGCAGGCCGCAUCAUACGAGCAGUUGAAAGCAGAGAGGAACAAGAAGGACUAUGACCACCAUGUCCCUAAACGUUCCCUGCGAACCCACCGUCUGCAAAUGCUCGUCCGCCUCCGUGACAGCAUGUCGCCAACACAUCGCCUGUGUUAUACGUGCCUUCAAUUCAUCGAUGUUCACCAUCCAGACAAUAAAGGGACCUGGGGAGGGGAUCCUAGAUCAGUGCAAGGUUUCGAAGCUAACAGAGCUGCCAUGGUAGAAGGUCCCCGUUGCCCUUUGUGUGUCGCUGCUGAGAAGCUGGAGACUGCGAAACAUAAAGACACGUACAAGAAGUACCUGGCUCUCGCAAUGAGCUGCUCUCUGAAAAUGUGA